ACAAGAGGUUUUGGAAACAAGCCUGCACUGGCUGAAAUUCAGGGUCCUUCCAUCAUGACAAUGGCUUUAGUAGGUCUGCUGGUUCUCUUUGCUCUCGUACCAUCAGGGUUUUCACUCUCCUGCAUUAAAUGUAUAAAUUUUAGUGGAACAAUCUGCACAGGAAAUACGGAGACCUGCACGUCGGGAUCCAGUUGUGCCACCUCAUUAUCUACGACAACUCUAGGUUCGACUGUUGCGUCUUCAACUCUCACACGAGGAUGCUCCCCCAUCAACCAAUGCAACAUCACUGGAAGCCUAACCUUUACAGGGGGCAAUGUCGCAAUCGCAACCGUGUGCUGUGACACCGACAGCUGUGCGUCCGCCAUACCGACUUUGCCAACAGCUUCGACUACCUCAAACAACCAGACGUGUAGCACCUGCGCCUCAAGUACAAAUGACUAUUGUAGUUCUUCUGACACCCUGCAGUGUAAAGGCCUUGAGACACAAUGCGGACGACUGUCUACAUCUGUUAAAUCUACUACAGGAUCUCCAAUAUCUACAUCCGUCAUUCGCGGCUGUGCCACGCCAAGUGUCUGCAACUUGCUCGGAAAUCAGCAGGUGACAUAUUCAGACCAAAGUGUAAACGUGGCCGUGACAACCUUCUGCAGUAAUGGAAGCUUCAACCUCCGCGGCUCAUUUUACUUGCCCGCCUUCACCGCUUUCUUCUUAUUCAAAUUCUUAUUUUAAAGAUGUUCUUGUGUCUACACAUGCAUUUCCUAAUGUGAAUAUUUUAUAGUUAUAACAAAUUGUUUCAAAUAUAACAACUUGCUCUGGAAAUUUUAGAAAUGGGCAACUCCUAUCCUCCUAUUGAUUGGUGGUUCCAAAUUAAUAAUAACUACUGCAGUAGGGAAAAGACACAAAUAGAUACAGCAUCUUUCCAAAAUAACUUUUCUGUUUUAUUUGACGCAAUUGAAGGUUUUUAUACACAUGAUUACGUAGGUAUCACAUUAUUAUUACAAAUGUACUUGUAUGGUAACAAGGGGCGUAACAUAGGCAGGCUAAAUUCUAAUCAGGACUCAAUUUACUAAAACUGGUGCAUUUAGG